ACAUCCAACAGCAGCAUGAGAAGAAGGAGGAUUUUGCCAAAUGGGUAAAGACUGCUGAUGUCAUAAAUUUGCCAUGCUCAGAAAACUGGAUAACUUCUCCAUCUAGCUCUGACCUGUGGAAUAAGGCUUCAUUGGACCAAGAGCACCUUCCUAGGAUUUCCCAAGGAUUUGAUCAUUGGGCUGAAAAUGCACGACACCUCAAUCGCUGGACCACCAUUUCUUCAUCCCCUCACUAUCAGAAUGAGGUUACAUCUUGUAGAAACUGCAGACCAAGAACCAAAACUAAAAGUUCUUUAUCCUUAGACUAUGGGACCAAAGCCACAAUUAUUCCAUUUUCAUCCUAUAAUCAUCAGUCUAAAGCAUCCCAAUUACUGAAGCACUAUGAAAGGAGUAUAAGCUCCCCAUUACCAUUAAAGAUCUUCAGUUACAGAGCCAAAGGUACACCACUGAUAUACCAUGAUCCUUGCUCUAAAAUCAGUGGUGAAUCGGGCAGAUAUCAUAGGGCAAGCCCUCUACCAUAUGCUGAUCAGAUGAUAGACAAAGACAGUAUUCAAAGUAGACUAAAGUUCAAUCAGUGCUUCAAAUCUCCAGAUGCCAAACAUUGCAUUAUACAUCCACUAAGAUCAAAAAGUCAUGAGACUGAGACAAAGUUACUCCCUGAUUACCAAGUCUCACUUAGGAAACUUCUACUAGAUCCAGAGUACCGAAAUAAAUUUCUUCUUAACUCCAAAAAUGAUACUGAGAUUCCUCUGAGCCUCAGUUACCAAAGUAAUGAUGAACUUGAGCUAGAUCAAAAUGCUAAGUGUCUACUGACUCCUAGUCACCAUGUUAAAUCUGCCUUUGAUACUGAUCAGCAGCAAAUAGAGGAUACAAUAGAUUCUAAAGCAAAGGUUCAUUUUGCUUCAGAUCUAAAUCACAAAAUCAAAUUUAGACAGGGUACUGAUGACUGCAUGAAAUAUGAACUAAGACCUAAACAGCAGGAUGAAAUUUCAUCAGAUUCUGACUUCCUGAUGAAAGAUAAACCAGAUUCUAGCCAGGAGAUCAAACUUCCUUCAAAAUCCACAAAUUGGAUCACAUUUCCUCUAGACACUAACCCCAGGGACAUACCUUCCCAGAACAGUCAGACUGCUCCUUAUUCAAAUCUUGAGCAACAAUCCACACCUCCUCUGGGCAACACACAAGAAACUUCAUCUCCAUUCCUCAAACAAUGGCUCAAACCUACACAGGCUCCCAAAUACUGUACCACACAUUUUACAUGGCCCAAACAUCCAAAUACACCCUCUUCAGAGUUUGACUUUCAACAAACAUCUCCACUGAGCUUUGAACAAAGACAAAUAAAUACACCAAUCUUUGGUGAGCAGUUGGAGUCUACAAGAGAUUCUCUCUCUUCUGCACAAGGUCAUUCACAUCUUUACCAUUGUGCCAAGGCAUAUCCAGACAAAGAAGGUGAAGCUAUAUCCAUUCCCAAAUAUCAGAACCAGGCAAUAAAUAAUAGAGAAUCUUCAUGGUGUUUUAAUUAUAUUAGGCCAUAUAUAAUUAAGGGUGGUACUGUCCAUAACAGAACUGUUAACAGCAUCAUAAGUUCUAUCCCUCAGAAGGAAAUUAAAAAUGACAUCCGAAAGCAAAUUCUUCUUAAGCGGAUGAAGGAAAGUAGUAAUCAUCGGUUUGGAUCACACCUCUGUGCGAGUUAUAAUGUCUGUGUCCUUUGUGCUUCCUGGAUUCCACAUGGUUGUCCUCAUGUGGAUAAAAUGCAGGGACAAACCAUAGCACAAUUGUUGGCUAUACCCACACCUAUGCCUGGUUCUAAUACAAGGAUGGGCAUUAAAUUUAUUCUCCAACUUCCUCCACAAAGGACAUCUCCUGAUAUUUACCCACCACACACAAAUUUUGGGGUGCCCCACCACACCCAUUCAUCUACCAUUCCUUCAUCAGCCCAUUCAGAAUUUACGCCCCAUGAAUCUCCACUGUUCUCAUUGCUUGGCCAUAACUAUGCUAGGCAUCAGUACUCACCCAGAAGAAAAGCAAGUAGGAGUCCAGAGCUACUACUAGGAGAAAUGUCCAGGAGGAAAGAAGAGUCAGUAGAAUCUGUGGGAAUUUUCACACCUUUUCUGGAGAGAUAUCAUAUGAAGAGGAGGGGAAAUUAAAAUGUCAUUCUUAAAGCAAUUGACUUCUUGUGUAUCUUUGUGAAAAUCUGUUUUUUCUUCUGAGUUAAUUAUUGGCCUUUACAGACAGGUAGAAAUUGAAUUUGGCUUAUUGAUUCAUAUGACAGUUAUGUACUCUCUUAAGUAUUCGUGGUAAUAAGCUGCUAUUUCUCCUUUUAUUUCUUCCCAUUUAGUCUCCUUUAAUAAAGAAAGAAUGAAUGGCUCCCA